UUUAAUGCACAAUUUGAUAAACUCACGGUGGAUAAUAAGAACUUAUGCUAUAAAAUAGAAUAAUGCAAAGAGCAUAGAUACCAGAUAUUUCAAGCAUUAUAUGCUUAGAAGACACUUCUUUGUCGUUCCUUAUGUUUUGUCGAUAAAAUGUCAGGGUGCAGCAAAGUGCACGCUAUGCUUAUAGUAAUCCGACGAUGUUAGGAUAGGAAAAGGUUGUGAAAAUUUACUGCAAUGGCAAGCGCUUGAUAUGGUUGUGUGGAAAAGUAGGUGAAUAAGCUUCCGCUAUCCAAUACUUUCAUCGGUCUCACACCAAGUGACCGUCCACCGAAAUACAAGCCUGCUGAGCCAUGCGAGUAACGAUUCGUGGAAAUGCCACUAAUAAUUAUAAAUGAGAGAAUCUGGUCACAAGUAUCAGAAAAAAUCAAAGUGAAAUAGUAGGAAAUUGAGAAGGUACAGGUAAAAAAUAGUAACAUUUUUUUUUGAGGAAUAAAAAAAAUAGUAACUCGAAUAAGCGUAGUAUAUGGGACGGUUGUUGGGCCAGGCCCAAUGAGGCAAAGGUGGGGACCCGAGUUUCCGGAAAAAGGCGGGAAACAGAAAUCGCGCGGGAAGCUCAUCGACUGCUCUGCUCCGGUUCCGUCUCCAGGCCGGGGGAAAACUAAACUUGGAAAUCCAUGUCCGACUUCCGCUUGGGACGAUGAGGCGAAUCCGAUUUCAGACAGGAGCGCGUCGUCUCCACACCAUAUAAUCCCCACCGAUCAAUCCAAUCCCUCCUCAAACACAAACACAGCUAGCUAGGAAACCAUGGCCGUCACGAAAGCGAGGAAAGCAACCAAGAGAUCAACUCCCGCCACCGCCGACGCCGGAGCCGGAGCCAGCAGCUCCAUGUCCAUGGCGCCUCCGCCCGGUCCCGGCGGGUUGAGCGAGCUCCAGCAGCCGCCGCCGUUGCCUCCCGGCGUCUACUUCAACCCGACGAACGCGGAGAGCAUAGGGUUCCUCAACCGGUGGAUCGCCGGCGACGACAAGAUGCCCGACGCGCGGGGGUUCAUCUUGCACGCCGACAUGUACGACAACGACCCCUACGCGCUGCAGCGGCUGCACCCGCCGGCCAGCGCCCGCGCGGGCGAGCACACGUGGUGGUUCCUCGGCGAGAGCAAGUUCCAGAGCCCGUGCAGCGCGGCCGAGAACAAGCGCGCCGACCGCAGCGUCCGGACCGGCGGGUUCUGGCGGGUGGAGCAGAGCAAGGAGGAGCUUCCCGAAGAGGGCGGGCUCAAGAACUGCUUCGGGUUCUACUACGUCCCCCCGCCCCCGGCCAAGAAGCUCAAGACGCCGUGGCUCAUGCAGGAGUUCACCAGCGACAUGGACAGGGGCGCCGGCAGGAGGGGGGUGCCCGCGCUCCACAAGCUCUAUGUCACGCCGCGCCCCGAGGGCCUGAGGGAAAUCUACGGGGAGGACGGCCUGACGGCGGGGAACAAGAAGCCUGUCCCGGCAGACUAUUUCGCCGCCGCCGCCGCGCUGAUGCCGCCGGGGAGUGUCCGUGGUCUCCGGCAAGAACACGUUGAGCCGCCACAGCCACAGGCGUCGGAGCUGCCGCCUUCGCCCCCGCCCCUUCUUGAUUACGGCGACGACGACGACGGCCAAAACUUCAUGGAUGGCAUAAUGUCGUCGGUGGGUCCUCUUCACUACGACGACAGCCAGAAGGGGCAGAACUCCAUGGGGGCAGCCAAUGUUCUUGGUCAGUACCAGCAGCAGCAUGAUGAGGACGGGCCUGAGGAUAAUUUCAGUAUCCCAAUGGACCAAUUCAUGAAAAUAUUUGACAAGCCAGCGGAGACGGAGGGGGAAGAACCGGCGUGGGACUCUUUGCCGGACAUAGUUGAUCAGGAUGAGUUCCUGAAAUUCAACAAGGAUGCUUAGAUUGCAGUUCCAGUUAGACUGGGAGAUCCAAGUUCCACUUAGACAGAUAAAUCGAUUGAUCUGCUAGCUAGAGACUAUUCUUUGGUUGAUUAAUUUGGUUUGGGGGUUAAUUUGUGAGGGCUUCUGGUCUAUCUAUGCCAGUAGUUGUUCUCCAUGUACUGUGUGUUUGUAUUAUAUCAUGUGAUGUGGUUGGUUUCAAGACUGUUUAUAUUCACAGUUACAUGGAAAGAAAUGUUGAUUUAGUAGGCUGUUUUCAAUUUCCUGCCCUAGUAAUUUUACUUGAUUCGAUCAUACAAAAA